UUUUUACUUUGGGGAGGGUGCUUUUUCCUUCUAAUUUUUUUUUCCUUUUGUUCUGGUUUUUCUUUCACAACAUGACUAAUAUGGAACUAUUUUUAAAAUGAUUUAGUUGUAUAAUGUAUAAUGUAUAAGACCUUGCUGUCUUAGCAAGGGGGGAGACAAGGGAAACAAUUUUGAACUUGUGGUACUUGCAGCACCAGGGGGCAGUCGCGAGAAGGUCGGAGUUGACGUGGUUUAUAGGGCGCAAAGGAGGCGGGCCCAGAUCACCCAUCCCCUACCCACACACACCCUUGAGGCGCUGGGCGGCGCUGCCAGGCGCGCAAGAAGCAUGUGGAGGCCCAGGCUGGGAGAGCUGGCGCAGGCAGUAGUACCGCGGAGGCCCUGUCGAGCCGAACUGCGUACCCUGCAGCUGCUGGCGCUCAGGCCGAGGAAGGUUGGGCUCUGCAGCCUCCCGGCCCGGUUGGGGCCCCUGGUUCUGGAAGCAGGGGCUGGAACUGUGACUUCUUGGUCUCCGGGACAGUUGAGUUCUCAGUUCCAAGGUUUCAAAGGCCAGAUUCCAAAGAUCAAAAAGCAGAGUGUUCAUCUGAUGAAUUUGAGGAAAACAGGAACAUUGGGUGACAAAAACUCACUAGAUGAAACCACUUAUGAAAAACUUGCUGAAGAAACAUUGGACUCCUUAGCAUAUUUCUUUGAAGAUCUUGGAGACAAGCCUUACACAUCCAAGGAAUACGAUGUUUCAUUCGGGAGUGGUGUUCUAACAGUAAAGCUGGGUGGAGACCUGGGAACCUAUGUGAUCAACAAACAGACUCCCAACAGGCAGAUCUGGUUGUCUUCUCCAUCCAGUGGUCCCAAACGCUAUGACUGGACAGGGAAGAACUGGGUGUAUGCUCAUGAUGGAAUGUCCCUCCACGAACUGCUGGAAAUGGAGUUUUCUAAAGCCUUGAAAACUCAAUUAGACAUGUCUUCCCUGGUCUAUUCUGGAAAAGACACUUGACAAAAAUCUAAUUUUUAAAGAUGCUGAAAGCUGUUAACAAAAAGUACCUCUCCUCCACAAAUGAAUUUUUUUUGUCCUCUUAUAUCCCACUUCCCCUCCCCCCCCAAUUUAGCUUCAUUUUAUAUGAUAGUUAUGUGAUAAGAACCUAUAUUUUUGACUGUGAAUUUCUUGAAAUUGUUUGGUUCUAUUUCUGUAUUGUAACUCAUUUUCAUAAACUUAUAGCAAAGAAGAACUAUAAUUUUUUUUUGUUUGGUUGGGUUUUUUGGUUUGUUUUUACUGAGGCAAUUGGAGUUAAGUGACUUGCCCAGGAUCACACAGCUAGCAAGUAUUAAGUGUCUGAGGCCAGAUUUGAACUCAAGUCCUCCUGACUUCAGAGCUGGUGCGCUAUCCACUGAGCCACCUAGCUGCACCUUUGUUUGUUUUUUAAAAGUAAAAACUCCAAGAAAAGAUGAAUUGGUUUCACUCUAGUUACUAUGAAGAAUGCCCUAUAAAAAUAACAAAGUAAUAAACAGAUUGUCAGCCCCACCAGGCUAUCAAAAUGCGACUCCUUACUGAAUAGAACAUAAAGGUUCCCACACUCAAAAAAGUAAUAAAACAGUACUUGUGAAAUUCUUUAAUGUUUCACCAUCAAAGACAGAGGGGAAUUUCCCAACAAACGAUAACUCUUUUGGUUCCAGUGAAGGCCAUGUGCUCUCGAGGUUAGAGGAGAGAUAGCUAGAUAGCCUAUUAUUCUUUGCCCCUAAUAAGGAGAUCAAAAAAUGUCAGUAAUGACUUCAGGGGUAAUUGUAUAAUAAAGAUAUUGUUAUUUUGGUAUGUUAUAUUACCCACAUAUUGGGAAUUUUAAUUGAAUUCCUGUUGCUGAAUUCUGAUCUUUACAGAAAUUAUUUAUUCUUAAAAACACACACAGAGUCCCUUUUUAUACUAAAUUGGUAAGAGAAGACUCCCUAUCUUUGCUGGUACCAUGCUUAAGUUUGGGGCAAAUAAAAUGUUUUUAAGUGUUGUUUGUACUAAAUAGAUGUUCCAUUAUAGAAGGAAAAUCUUUUUUUUUUUUUAAUUAAAGCUUUUUAUUUACAAAACAUAUGCAUGGAUAAUUUUUCAACAUUGACCCUUGCAAAACCUUCUGUUCCAAAUUUUCCCCUUCUCCCCCCCACCCCCUUCCCUAGAAGGCAGGUAGUCCAAUACAUUAAAUAUGUUAAAAUAUAUGUUAAAUCCAAUAUAUGUAUACAUAUUUAUACAGUUAUCUUGCCGCACAAGAAAAAUCGGAUCAAGAAGGAAGGAAAAAAAAAACUGCAAAAGAAAACAAAAUUAAAGCAAACAACAGAGAGAAUGAGAAUGCUAUGUUGUGGUCCAUACUCUGUUCCCAUUGUCCUCUCUCUGGGUAUAGAUGGUUCUCUUCAUCACUGAGCAAGUGGAACUGAUUUGAAUCAUCUCAUUGUUGAAGAGAGCCAAAUCCAUCAGAAUUGAUCAUCAUAUAGUCUUCUUGUUGCCAUGUAUAAUGAUCUGGUUCUUCUCAUUUCACUUAGCAUCAGUUCAUGUAAGUCUCUCUAGGCCUCUCUGAAAUCAUCCUGCUGGUUCUUUCUUACAGAACAAUAAUAUUCCAUAACAUUCAUAUACCAUAAUUUAGUCAGCCAUUCUCCAUUUGAUGGGCAUCCAUUCAGUUUCCAGUUUCUUAGAAGGAAAAUCCUAAAACAAAAGAAAUAGUACUUCGACUGGGUUGGAAAUUUUGUCUAAGUUGUUCCUCAGGUAAUUUUCUUUUAUUAUUGUUGGUUGUAGUUAAACAUUUUAAGUCAGUGCCAAUGAAUUAAUUAAUAAAAAAUUUGGGUGUUUUUUUUUUCCUUCUGUUCAAUUUAAUAACAACUUAAUUUAGUUUGAAGUCAGCUGUCCAGCAAUCUCACCUACAGAGAACAAAAAACAACCUCUCCAGAAAUAGAAUAGACUGUCUCUCAAGCCCUCUUUCUGACCUUUAUUCUUAUUUUACACAUUAGACUUUUCAAGCAGUGAAAGCUUGAUGGCAAAAAUAAGACAACAAAUCUAUAAAAAGCAGACACAACUUUUUAAAAAGUCAAUAAUGUGGAGUCACUUAGUAUAGGGACAAGCAACCUUGUUGCUUCAUCAAUAAGUCUUCAAUCAUCACUCUCUUAUAGCAGAAUGAUUAUGGAUGUUCAUAGUGUUGACCUGACCUCCAUCAUCAAGAAACCAUCAUUUUAAAAAUAAAUGCUUUUAUCUAAAUUUCUUGAAAUAAGUAUUUUGGUCUGUAAAGAACAGUUUGAGACAGCUAAGUGACAUGGUAGAUAGAGUGCCAAGCCUAAAGUCUGAAAGACUCAUCUUCCUGAAUUCAAAUCCACUGACAUUUACUAGCUGUGUGACCCUAGGCAAGCCAUGUUUGCCUCCAUUUCCUCAUCUUUGGCGCAUUUAAGCUGAAGAAGAAAAUGGCAAACCUUUUCAGUAUCUCUGCCAAGAAAACCCCAAAUGGAGUCAUGAAGAAAUUAGGCAUGACUGAAAUAUUUUUUCUUUGUAUGUGUGUGUGUGUGUGUAUCAUAACUUUUGCACUUGUUCUUUUUUGAGUAUUAUGCAAUUUAAUAUGUGCUAUGAAAGAAUAGGAACACAAAAGGGGCAAGAAUAUAAUAAAGAUCUUUUUACAUCCA